UGCAAAUGGCACUAUCUCUCUCAUAAGUGGUAUUUUAAGAAUAGUGAUAAGUUUUUAUCUAACGUGGCUGUCGGCUUGAAAUGUCAUCAUCCUCUUUUUCAUUUUCAUUGUUUUCACGGCAGACUCUCUCAAAGGACAUGCAUGCAUCUCAAUUCUCAUCACCUGGAUCAUUCAUUUUUCCUCUCAGAACAAAAAUUUCAACAUAACAAUAACAAGCUUAAGGGUCAAUGAUAAGGAAGCAGCUGGAAUUUCAUCAUUCUAAUUAGGAGAUUUGAGUAGUACUUGGUGGUGCCAAUUGAACUUAUUUUUUUCAAUCACUAAUUUGUAUUAUGGAACUCCAUAAAUCCUUUUUAGAUCAUAAAGUAACCAAGUCCUCACCUUCGCCUGCCCUCUGCUGUGUGGAGACAGUGUCUCAAGAUGAACAAAAUUCUCAUAUUACAGCUUAUAAUUCAGGAGAUGGAUCCACAAACUCAUAUAAUGAAUCUUCUUCAUCAAAGACCGUGCGCGAUGUACAUAUUUCAAUGCGGUUAAUGGAGGAUUUUCUUGAUCUUGCUAAAGAAAAUACAGAAAAGGAUCUGGAAACAUGUGGUAUACUUGGUGCCUUUCUUGAGAAAGGAACCCUCUACAUGACUACACUAAUCAUACCGAAGCAGGAAUCGGCAUCUAAUUCAUGUAAUGCCACAAAUGAGGAGGAAGUUUUCACAAUUCUAAAUGACAGAUCCCUCUAUCCUGUUGGAUGGAUCCAUACGCACCCUUCUCAAAGUUGUUUCAUGUCAUCGGUGGAUCUGCACACUCAAUAUUCCUACCAGGCGAUGAUUCCUGAGGCAUUUGCCAUUGUAUUGGCGCCAACUGAUACCUCAAGGAGCUGUGGACUCUUUCGCCUAACCGAACCUGAUGGGAUGAAUAUUCUGAAAAAUUGCCCCGAGACGGGAUUUCAUCCACACAAAGAACCAGAUAAUGGAAGCCCUGUGUACGAGCACUGCUCCAAUGUGUACAAAAACUCCAAUCUAAGGUUUGAAAUCUUUGAUUUACGCUAAAAUGACUCUGAUUCGGCACAUACUAUCCCACGGCGGAUGUAUAGUAUAAUUACUGGAAACAUAUGUAAUAUUUACACAUGAAAGAAUAGUUCUGAUAUACAUUUAUUGUUACAUUUGAUUUAAUGUAAUAAGGUCAGUUUAGUACUUA